UAUUUAUACGGGUUCCAUGUACGCCUGCAUCAGUUGUUUGCCCCCGCGCUGCGAGUGACCUCACCUCUCUUCUCCCUGGCCCUCUCUUCCCCUCCGUUCUCGCUCCCAUCCAGGUCGUCGUCUUGACGAUCACGAAACCCGAAGCAGGGCAAGGCCAUUGCCGCCGCAAAAACAGAAGGAAGUUAAAGGCGUCUGUGGUCGUUUCAUCUGUGUCUUGCAGCUCCUCCCAACACUCUCCAUCCCCCACAUCAUAACUAGAACCAUCCCCAUUUCCAAAUUCGAACCGACUCGUUGCUCCAAUUACUGCUCGCAAAUGAAGAGGCAGAGCAAGAGGCUAACCAGCGGCGGCCAAGAAUCGCCAGAACCAGGGGAUCAGAGCUUGCUGCCGCCGUACAUGGAGCACGACGAGGCCGACUUGGAGGAGGAGGACGAGGAGGAGGAACGCGGGUCGCUCUCGUGCGGCCUGGGCGGCAAGAAGCGUCGGCUGGCGCUGGAGCAGGUGCGCGCCCUGGAGCGCAGCUUCGAGGUGGACAACAAGCUUGACCCGGAGCGCAAGGCCCGCAUCGCGCGCGACCUGGCCCUGCAGCCCCGCCAGGUCGCCGUGUGGUUCCAGAACCGCCGCGCCCGCUGGAAGACCAAGCAGCUCGAGCGCGACUUCAACGCGCUCCGCGCCCGCCACGACGCGCUCCGCUCCGACUGCGACGCGCUCCGCCGCGACAAGGACGCCCUCGCCGCCGAGAUACGGGAGCUGCGGGAGAAGCUGCCGAAGCCGGAGGCGGCAGCGGUGAAGUCCGAGGCCUGCAUUGAGGCAGAGCUUCGGCAAGCGACCGCGGUCGGCGCGGCGGUCUGCAACAACAACAAGGACGGAUCCUCGGACAGCGACUCGAGCGUGGUGUUCAACGACGAGGCGUCGCCGUGCCCGUACUCGGGCAGCGCCGCGGUCUUCGAGCAGCCGGGCGGCGGCUUCAUGGGGUUCGGCGCGCCCACGUUCCUGGACUCCUCGGCGGCGGCCACGGGUGGCUGUUCGUCUUCUCUGCUGCCCAUGCUGGAGACCAAAUGGCCCGGCGCGUACGGCUCGUACGACGCGGGCAAGAGCGGUGGCGGCUAUGGCUUCACGGAGGAAUGGCUGGCCGGCACGGACGCGAUCGGCAACGACGCCGGCGCCGGGUUCUUCGCCGAUGAGCACGUCUCCAGCCUCAACUUUGGCUGGUGCGGUAGUGGCGCCGAGGGUUUUGACCUGCACGGUUACUGUAAGAAGUAAAAAAAGAAAGUGCUACUGUACAUGCAGCGUGUAGUACGAGUACCGGCUAGGUUGCUAGCGGACAAGAAUGGCAAGGAGAGCGAGUUAAAAAGGUGGAAUUUGAGACAGGUGCAUGGAGGAAGUGGUAAAUAACCGUCCUAGGUUAAUCCAUGGUGUAAAGUCACAACCAGCCUUUGCCUCCUACAGCAUUCCUCCUGCCACUGCUUACCAAAACAUUUUGGCGUGUACCACUUCGAUGCAAAGAGCAGUGGCACCACAUGCAGUACACGGCAGCGGAGGCAGGUUCCAAACUUGCAACACUCUUCUCAGGAUUCAUGUUAUCCGAUCCGGUGGAUCAAACCAUUCCUCCAUCAAGUUAGGGCCAAUUUGGUUCGCGCAUGUAUCUGGAUUCAAGGGGGGGACAAUAAAAUUACGGACUUGCUAGAAUAAAACCACGGACUUGCUAACACUAUGUGCCAGGUCUAUAAUUCAAAUUGCUCCAUGUCGAUUUUUCUCUCACAGGCCAAUGGAAAGUGACUCUGGAGACUAGUCUUGGUAAUCUAAAAAUUUAUACAGAAGGGUAUGUUGUAAAAAUCACCUUUAAAAUUUUUAGUACUCUGUGUAGUUGUAAUUCUUUACAUAAUUUACUUUUUAGAGCAAUGCAA